AUACAAAUUGAUCAGGAAAUCUAACCUCGGUUACAUAUUAGGCGAAUCCAUUAAAUAUUCCGGUCUCAGUGAUUUUGUCAACUCUUACAAUAAAAAUUUGUAAUUCAGCAAUUCGGUUGUCAUAAUCCCAUAAUCUAAACCUCACUAAAUUUAUUUCAUAUGGUUGCAACAUCUCAAUAAUUAUAGAUUAAUGUAAAUCAAAUCAAUAUGGCCAACUUAGUUUUAUAAAGUAUUAAAAAAUAGAGAUAAUCCUUAAAGGACUUGCGAGAGAACCUUGAAAGGAAAACUGAUUAAUUCUAGCUGUUGAGAUGAUUGCACCUUUUUUUCUGAAGCUACAUCCAAAUAGUUUCCUCUGAAUUUUGACUUGGUAUAUUAUAAAAAUUAGGUAUUUUCGAUACAAUUUGCAAAGGC